AUGGCCAGAGCAUACAAAAUUGAAGAUUUUAAUCACCUCAUGCAAGAUAUGGACAACAUUGAUAAGAGGGUAAGGGGUUACUUGUUCCAAGUUGGUUAUGAAAAGUGGUCCAUAACAUAUUCCACUGUUAAUAGAUCCAUGGUGAUGACUUCAAAUAUUGCCGAUUCACUCAAUACAAGAAACAGAGAGGCAAGAGAGCUACCAAUCAUGAGUUUGCUAGAUUACAUGAUGAAUUUGGUUAUGGAAUGGAAUAACACAAAUAGAAUGACUGCAAUGAGUACAUUUACUGGCCUAGGAAAAAAUUAUAACGAAAUACUGAAGGAAAGUAGCAGUUUGUCGGAGAAGAUGACGGUGAGUCCUUCAACCGAUUAUGUAUAUGUAGUAAUGGAUGCUGAACAAAGGCUGAACAUAGUCUGCAUGCAAAAAAGAGAAUGCUCGUGCAAACGAUUUCAAGUGGAUGAGAUUCCUUGUCCACAUGCUAUGGCAGUAUUGGACUACACACACGUAGAAGCACCCAAAUAUUGUUUUGCCUAUUACACCAAAGAAUACUUCAAGAAGACAUGUGAAGUGCCAGUUAAUCCACUUCCAGAUGAAACUACAUGGAACCUUCCAACAGAAGUGUUAGAUAAUGUGGUCCUACCACCGAUAGUGAAGGGCAAAUCAGGAAGACCGACGAAGUCGCGAUGCAAGGGACUUUAUGAAUAUUUGUAUACAUAA